AUGAGGGUCAACCUGCCCGAGAGUUGCGGCGCCUCGCGCAGGUACUGGGCAAAGGCGGCAUGCUCUGCCGCGCAGCCUCCAAUGGAGAGCAUCCGGAAGGUUCGGUUGCUCUCUGUGCCUGUCCUUGACGCUGUGGCGCUGCUGCCCGCCGGUGCCGAGGGCUUCUCGUCUGCAGUGGCCGGCUCGACAUGGUCAGAGUCCACCGCCACCACCUCAUACCCGGGGGCUUCGAGCUCGGUCAGAUGA